UUACCAAGUAGUGGUUUUUUGAGGUCGCGAUGUGGGAUUGUAGAUACGAAACAGUAUCUUAUGCAUAAGUCUCUCAGACACAGGAAUGGCUUUGGUCAAAAGAGUCCUAAAAAGACGUAGUAAAAGGAGAAUUUAAGGUGUUACCAGCAGAGUGAAGCUGUUGGGAGUGCGUUUGACGCCCGAUCUUCCCAAACGCGCGCAUUUGUAUUUUCUUCCGGGCCGGGUUGAACCUCUUCAGGCCCCGUAGGCAGUGGGUGAAAAGUGCCCGUCAAAAUGGAAGUGAAUGUCCCCAAACAGGAGCACCUGCUGGCGUUGAAAGUGAUGCGGUUGACUAAGCCUACUUUAUUCACCAAUAUUCCAGUAACAUGUGAAGAAAAAGACUUACCUGGAGAUCUCUUUAACCAAUUGAUGAGAGAUGAUCCCUCAACUGUAAAUGGUGCAGAAAUUUUAAUGUUAGGAGAAAUGUUGACUUUGCCACAAAAUUUUGGGAACAUAUUUUUGGGAGAGACCUUUUCCAGUUAUAUCAGUGUUCAUAAUGAUAGCAAUCAAGUUGUAAAAGAUAUAUUGGUUAAAGCUGAUCUCCAGACAAGUUCUCAGCGUUUAAAUCUCUCAGCCUCCAAUGCAGCAGUGGCUGAACUCAAGCCCGAUUGUUGUAUUGAUGAUGUCAUACACCAUGAAGUAAAGGAAAUUGGAACACACAUCUUGGUGUGUGCUGUGAGUUAUACAACUCAGGGUGGAGAAAAAAUGUAUUUUAGAAAAUUCUUCAAAUUUCAGGUUCUCAAACCAUUGGAUGUGAAAACCAAAUUUUACAAUGCAGAGAGUGACCUCAGUUCUGUGACUGAUGAAGUAUUUCUCGAAGCCCAAAUUCAGAAUAUUACAACCUCACCCAUGUUUAUGGAGAAAGUUUCAUUGGAGCCAUCUAUAAUGUACAAUGUAACAGAAUUAAAUUCUGUCGGCAAAGCUGGAGAAUGUGUAUCUACGUUUGGGUCAAGAGCAUAUUUGCAGCCAAUGGAUACACGUCAAUACUUGUACUGCCUAAAGCCCAAGAAGGAAUUUGCAGAAAAAGCAGGCAUAAUUAAGGGAGUAACAGUAAUUGGAAAAUUGGAUAUAGUAUGGAAAACAAAUCUAGGUGAAAGGGGAAGGUUACAGACCAGCCAACUUCAAAGAAUGGCUCCAGGUUACGGAGAUGUUAGGUUGUCUUUGGAGGCAAUCCCAGAUACCGUAAACCUAGAAGAACCCUUUCAUAUUACCUGUAAAAUAACAAACUGCAGCAGUGAAAGGACUAUGGAUCUGGUUUUGGAAAUGUGCAAUACCAAUUCUAUCCACUGGUGUGGUAUUUCAGGCAGACAGCUUGGAAAGCUGCAUCCAAGUUCUUCUCUCUGCCUUGCCCUUACUCUACUGUCUUCAGUACAAGGACUGCAAAGCGUCUCCGGCUUAAGACUAACAGACACAUUCUUAAAGAGAACAUAUGAAUAUGAUGACAUCGCACAAGUCUGUGUGGUAUCUUCGGCCAUUAAAGUGGAAAGCUGAAGAAAAUUUCCAGUGUUAUGCUUUUCCUUUACUUUCAUAAAACUGCUUUCUGUACUUCUGUUACCUUUGUAAAAUGAUCAAGUCAACAGCAAAGAUACAUAUAAUUUUUCUUUCCUAUAAAAUAGUUAAAAUAUUAAAUAUUUGUUUUGAAAAGAACUACUGAUUUUAUCUUGUGACUUAUAUUCUAAAUGAACAUUUGUAUAUUUUCUACACAUAUUAUUUCACUUUAGAUGACCAUUGGACUUUGUUCUCCAAAAGUUCUAUAUUUGAGGCCAUUUGUCCCUAGCAAGUAUCUAGAACAGGGGGUAGCAUACUUUUUAUAUGAAGGGCAAGAUACUAAAUAUUCUAGGCUUUGCAGGUCAUAUGGUUUCUGUCAAAAAUACUGAACUUUGCCAUUGUAAUGUGAGAGCAGCUAAUAGGCAAAAAAAGUGCAGUGGUGUCUACAAAAACAGGCAACUGGCCAGAUAUGGCCUGUGGGCCAUAGUUUGCUCACCUCAAUGUAGAAGAUACACUUGUUUCUUAGAACUUAAGAAUACUCAUAAUACUUGUUUAGAUAUAUUUCAGUCACUCCAAUUUUUGUCCUAGCUCCUCAAUCAAUAGAAAAAGUUUGCUUAAAACAACUCAGGGUAGUCGUCCUAUAACUUGAUAUUUGCUAACACAGAUAUUUGCUUUUCUAGAUAUUUGCUUUUCUAGUUGUUUUCAAAAUUAUUGUAUCGGUUCAUGUCUGUGCAUACAUAUAAACACAUGUCUGACUUUUACAUACCGAAUGCCAGAUCAGAAUUGGUUUUAUUAGGUUACUGAUUACUUAGUUAACUUCUAACUCAGAAGCCUAAUAAUUUUCUAAUUCUAAGCCAAAACACCUUGGUUUUUGCCCACUGAAAAACAAGCCACUGAUUUUCAUAAGGCAUAUUUAGAGGAUUCCCAGCUUCUGAUAUUUGAUUUUGAACUCUAAAUCAUAUCUUAAUAUUAUAAAAUUUUCUCUCUCUCCAUGGAAUCACACUUACUUAUGCCAUAAAUGAAAUAAUGAGAAAGUUAAAGUUGUAAAUAACUUUGCAACAGGAAUGUAACAAAAUUUCAGUAUUUUGUCAGGAAAACAAAAGCUGAUGCUAUUUAAAUAAAACUAUCCGAUUUUGGUAAGUUGAAAUUCAAGAAUGUAUUAAUUACUUAAAUGUAUAAUUACUUAAAUGUAAGAGUGCAUAAAGUCGACUACAAAAAUGGGUUUUUCUUAGAUGCACAGUUAUUUAUUGCCAUGACAAAUUGUUUGGUCCAAAAUGAAAGCUGUACUCAGAAGGUUUGCACCUUAAAAUGGAGUAAUAAUGACUAAUGAAAUGUCUGCAAAAAAAAGUGCAGGCAGUGUAAAACUGAAGUCUGUCUGUCUUCCAAAAUGAUUAAGAUUGAAUUAAAUAAUGAAAUAAGACUUUA